GUAUAAGUGUUGUAUCUACCCCAUGCACAUCGUUUGACCAUUUUUGUUCAAUUUACAUUACAACAAACCCCAUAAAACAAGUGAAGAAUCACGGUUUCUAAUGCUACUCUAUGGAGUUGUAAACUCAAGAUGUCCGAGUGCAGUUGUUACUAAACUGCCAUUGGCUCGUCUGCGUUCGAGGGGCGGGGCUUUGCCAUAGGUCAAUUGGAUUUGUGAUUGAGGUGACCACUACAGUGUAUAAAGAUGCUUUGCUGUCCUUGUAUUCCUCUGAGGAAGAGGAAGAAAGUCCAGGCAGAGCAAUGCUUGGAGAGGAGGCCUCGUCACUGGCUGAGGAGAUUAUUUAGAAAAAACAAGACUGGGGAUGCUGGUAUACCUGCGAUCCUGGAGCCAAGCCCUGUGUCAGGGGACGUCCCUCAGAUCUCCAGCACAGUAAAGGUGGUUCCCUGUCUGGACACCCCAGGCCCUCUAGUCACCCUAGCUACCCUGGAGUCCUCCACACUGGUCACCCCGGCCUCCCCAGAAACCCCAUCUCCCGGGGCACCCCAAGGAGAGGAGGUCCCCAGCCCGGACACCCCAAAAGGCUGUGACCUCCUGGACCAGUUAAUGGUCCAACUCGUGGAGGAGAGCCGGUCCCCAUCAAGGGGCCGUAAAAAGAGGGCCAGGUCAGCCCCUGUAGCCCUCCUCAUUGCCCCGGAGGCCCCAAAGAGUAGGGCCAGGACACCCCCUGUGGCCCUCCUCAUUGCCCCGGAGGCCCCAGAGAGAAAGCCGCAUGUUCUCCCGGCUCAGCAGUUGAAGUGCAGGGGGCUGCCUAACCUCGGACAGACCUGCUAUAUCAACUCCACCCUGCAGUGUCUGUUCGCUCUGCAGCCCCUCUGCAUCCAGCUGCUCCUGCAGGAGGAGACAUGGAGGCAGGAGCCCUCAGCACUGCGCCUCAGGUAAGUACUCAUAUACUCACACACACACGCACUCAUAAACACUCCCCUCACCCCCCUCCCUCUCUACAUAGCUCCUUUGUGUGUCUCUUGGGCCUGAGGACAUCCACGGACAGGGUGCUGAAGGACUGCAUCGCCCUGCGCAACCAUGAAUUCGAGGGGAACUCACAGAACUUGACAAAACACACACAUGAAAUCAGAUGCUGU